AUUUUUAAACGCCACUCUGUCGUGAGCAGAAAAUUUUUAAAAAAUAUAAAAAAAAUAUUUUGUUCAUCACGAGAGAAGGCCUGUAUUGUUUUUGUGAUGGUAUAGAGGCUCUAUAGGUCGGGAGACAAAGUAAAUGAUCAAUUUCGGUCUCCCUGAUCGCUUUCCAGAACCUACAUUUUACGGAUCUGAUCUGACUUUUUAAUUAUUUAUGUUUCGAAUUUUGGAAUCCGUUCAUUUUGUAGAAUUCGAUGCCACAGAUUUCGUGAUUGAAGUUGUUUUUUGAUUUCAUUUGAGCUGCAUUUGUUCCAUUUUGUUCGAGCUUGCUACGAUGAUUGCGUGAUUCGGUUUUCAGCAUUACGAGGAUCGGAUCGGGAAGGGAAUGUGCCAUCUCAUUGUUUAAUGCCGAGUGUUGAUUGCCAUUUGUGUAUAUAGCUGGUUCAAUUACGUUUGUUUUUGAGGAGGACAUUUGUCAGUUUCCGUGUUCAUUCCGAUUUGGAUUUUGGAGGGAAGGUUACGCAUCUGACUUUGAACUUUUUAGUUUAAAUUUUUAUGAUGGAUCCGUUAUCGGCGAUCAGUGAAGAGCUAGCAGAGAUGGACGGACAAAUAGCUGACGUUUUUCGCGCACUAUCAACUGGGUUCCAGAAAUUGGAGAAGAUUAAAGAUGUUAAUAGGCAGAGCCGACAGUUGGAGGAGCUUACGGGGAAGAUGCGGGAGUGUAAGAGGCUUAUCAAGGAGUUCGACAGAGAAGUGAAGGAUAUGGAAAUUAGAAAUGAUCCUGACACCAACAAAAUGCUUAAUGAGAAAAAACAAUCAAUGGUCAAAGAGUUGAAUUCAUAUGUUGCUCUUAAGAAGCAGCAUGCAGCUAAUCUCGAAAGCAACAAGCGAGUUGAUCUCUUUGAUCAAGGACCUAAUGAUGGGUUUGCGGAAGAAAAUGUGUUGCUAGCUUCAUCUAUGACAAAUCAACAGUUAAUAGAUGAUGGAAACAGGACGAUGGAUGAGACCGAUCAAGCAAUUGACAGGGCAAAAAAGGUUGUGCAUGAUACAAUCAAUGUUGGAACAGAGACAGCAGCAUCUCUGAAGGCACAGACAGAACAAAUGAGUAGAAUUGUUAAUGAGCUGGACUCUAUCCACUUUUCAAUCAAGAAAGCUUCAAAACUGGUCAAGGAAAUUGGUAGGCAGGUUGCAACUGACAAGUGCAUUAUGGCAUUGCUCUUCCUUAUUGUCAUUGGAGUUGUAGCCAUUAUCAUCGUGAAGCUUGUAAACCCAAACAACAAGGAUAUUCGAGAUAUUCCAGGAUUAGCACCACCUGCGAUGAAUCGAAGAUUACUCUGGAAUCCUAAUUAAAGAGCAAGGAAGUGGCCCAUCUCACAAGAUUUCAGGAUUAUCAGAAAUCCAAGCGGAUCACCCUGCGUUGACCAAGUCCGUUUAGCGGAUUAUCUGAAUUUUUCAGAAGAGCUCGGGUAGUUCUGCUAGGUGUGUGAAACGUUAUUUGUUGUUGUAGUCACUGAAUUUAUUUUUGUAACAACUUCUGUAUGAUUAAUUAUGUUCCCUUGACUAAAAGAUCAUGCCCUAUUGAAGAUGUGAAAAUAUAGACUAUAGAGUGUGUAUUCAAGAUUGUUUAGGUCCAUCUCGUGUAAUUCCACCUUGAUCAUUCUUUUCGGGCUGAAAUUUGUUGCAUAUUGAUAAGUUGCUUUAUUUGUC